AUGGAUAAAGAAAUUAUAAAUAAUUUAAAAGUCAUCUAUAUUGAUAAUUUAAAAACUAUUGUUAAAAAAACAGUUUUUGUUGCUGGUAUUUGUAUUGUUUUAUCAUAUCCAAUACUUCCAUUAAUAUGUUAUUUUUCUCCUAAAACAGCACAAAAAAUUAUUUUUGGUUUUUCAACAUCCAAAUCUAAUGACUUAUCAAAUCUUAAAAAAAAUGGAAUAAAAUCAAAAGGAAGAAAUUUUUAUUUGCAAAAUCAAAAAGGUUUACGAAUUGGUCUUUAUCAUAUUUUUCCAAUUAGUUCAAUGUUUCCUUUUGAUAAAAAUAAUAAUACUGAUAAAUAUUUUGAAGAAGCUUUAAAAAGUUUGAAUGAUCCAAUAAUUCUUUAUUGUCAUGGAAUUGUAGGUGAUCGUGGAAAAGAUAGUAGAGUUAAUAUUUAUAAUCAAAUGAGUUGUUGGAAUUAUCAUAUAAUUACAUUAGAUUAUUUUGGUUUUGGUGAUUCAGAUGGUGAUGCUAGUGAAGAAUUAUGUGUUGAGUCAAUUGUAAUAGCUGUUGAAUAUUUAUAUUCAUUUGUAAGAAGCAAUUUUUUUGUUUGGGGCCAUUCAUUUGGAACAAGUGUUUUAUUAAAAGCUCUUAAUGUAUUAGAUGCAAAAGGAAUCGUACCAUUAGGUUGUAUUUUAGAAUCACCAUUUAAUAAUUGUUAUGAUUCAAUGAAAAACGAUUGGAAAUAUAUAAUUUAUUCAUGGAUCCCAUAUAUUGACAAUAUAAUGUUUAAACCAAUUAUAAAAAAUGGAUUUAUUUUAAAUUCCUCUAAUUAUAUUCAAAAAGUUAAUUGUCCAAUUCAAAUUUUUCAUGCUCAGGAUGAUUAUAUUGUGCCUGUGGAACUUUGCCAAGAUCUUUAUCAACAAGCAAAAGAUAGUAAUCGAGAUAUUGAAAUAAAAAUUUUUGAUGAAGAACUAGGACAUGAAAAUAUUUACAAAGCUAAAGAUUUAGGAGAAAUUGUUGCCAAAUUUGAAUCUAAAUGUCUUAAUAAAAGAAUUAGUCAAAAUAGAUUAUGA